GGCACAUAAUAAUGUUUUUGCUCAGAACAAACUAAAAGUUUAGUCCUUGCUUUUAAUUAUUGCUGCAGCAAUAUAAACUAGCUGUUUCGCCAAGUUCCAUAAGUAUUUCAGUGCAUGUGUGCAUGUACAAUUUUGCGAACUAUUUUUUAUGUUUUAUGACAGGAAAUUCACAAAGUUGUCACCAACUCAAAUAAGCUAACAAGAGAAUGCAGGAGGAAAACAAAGAUUCUCCCAGAGAAGCAGCGCCGAGCAAGCCAGCAGUCAGAACCAGGAGAGUCUUUCUGACAGAACACGCACGUGAGAAGGAGAUACUCUCAAAGGGAACAAACAAGCCAGAGCAAGAAGAGACAUCUGAAAUGUUUUCAGAUAAACUUAACAAAUGGCUUGAAAAAGAGAAAAAUAAAGUUGACUGGAUCAGGCUGGUCCUGAUUGGGAAGACUGGAGUUGGGAAAAGUGCCACAGGAAACACCAUUCUGGGAAAAGAGGAAUUUAAGUCCUCCACUGCAAUGGUAUCUGUCACAGCAGAAUGUCAAAAAAAGAGCGCCGCCAUCGGCUCCCGAGCCGUGCAGGUUGUUGACACUCCAGGUCUGUUUGACACGACUAUAUCCAAUGAGAAGAUCAGAGCAGAGAUUGGGAAGUGCAUCACCAUGUCAUCACCGGGGCCUCAUGUGUUCCUGCUUCUGAUCUCCGUGGGACGCUUCACCAAAGAGGAGAGAGACACGGUGAAGAUGAUUCAAGACACGUUUGGAGAGCAUUCCAGAGCGUACACAAUGGUGGGCUUCACCAGAGGAGAGAUUCUUGAAGAUGAAGACUGUACCAUUGAGAAGUAUAUCCAGACAGGUCCAGCUGCUUUGAAGGAACUGAUUGAGGACUGUGGUGGCCGGUACCACGUCUUCAGAAACAAAGAAAAAGACAAGGGUCACCAGGUUAGUUCUCUCCUGGAGAAGAUUGACAAGAUGAUUCACGAAAAUGGAGAAAGAUUCUACACCACUGCCAUGUAUGAGGGAACUGAGAAACAAAUCAGACGAAGAGAGAUUAAACUCCUACAAGAGAAACUGGAGAAAUUGCAUAUUGAAAAGAAUAACCACAAAGAUACAGAGGACAAGCUCUUUGGUGAACUCUCCAAAAUUCAAGGUCAGCUGCGUGAAAUGGCAGAGAAAGCUCAAGCUGAAGAGACCGCUAUAAAACUACAACCACCUGAAAAGAAAUGUGUCAUUUCAUGAGA